AUGAGCUCUGAUGAGGAUGAAUUUUUCGAUGCACCUGAGGCUUUAGGAUGCGGAUGCAACGUUCGGAAGUGGAGUGACAACGACGACGAGUUGAUUCGCACUUACUUUGAUUUUGAUAGUCAAAAUGCUCGUAGACGAAGUCGAGUGGAAUCUCUUAAGAAGAAUUUUCUGGAAAAAUCAUAUUCUCUCGGACAUGCAUCUGGAAAUAACAGUUUAGAGACUACGGAAGAGAUUCUAUCCCGAAAUGUUGGUGAUCACAUAUCUCCGACGGUUGAGACAUAUCAGUCUGAAAUUGGAGUUCUGAAUCUUCCAGGCAGUAAAAAUGAGUUCACUUCAGAUCAGGAGAUAUUGCGCAGAAUCAAACUGCAUCACGAACCUGCUUUUGGCUUCUUAAACUCUCAACAGGAAAACCCAAGUUUAUCGACAUACAUUCAAGUUCAAGAACCAUCCAUAAAUAGUCACUUAAACUUACUGGAUACUGACAGUACUCAAAAGAAGUUAUCGAAAACACAGUUUGCACAAACACAGACUAUUUUCCGGGACAACGGGUCCUUAAGGUAUCCCAAUGAAUGUGGCUUCAGAUCUCCUAUGAAUGUUAGCAUAUGUGGUUGUUCAAAUGCGGCACCUGGUACUCCAACAGUAUAUAAAUAUACACAUCCUAUUAUGAAUGAAGUUGCAGACUGUAAUUUUGUUGAACGUGCAGACCCUCCAGUCAUUCAGCUUCUCAGAUCACAGGUAGUAUCUUCGGCACCUGAGGUAUCAAAUAGAAAUAAUGAGGCUAAACAUCUCUUGGAUUAUGUCAAAUCUUGGUCUCUAGGUGCGGCUAAACAAUAUAGCGCUGGACCGUUUCCAUCCAUUAACGGAACUGUUACAUUAGAUCGUAUCACAAAUAAUAACCUUCCACAACAUCAAACAGACGAAAUGGGCUCAAUCGGAUUCGAUUCAUUGUAUACUACAGCAUUAGGUCGUACGGGAUUUGGAUCAUUAUUUCCACAGUCUACUACUGCUGCUGUUGCAAUAAAUACAACAACCACGGCUUCCUCUGCCCCUCCUUACAAUCAAACUUCUGAAAUUCAGGAUCCUUUCCCUCAUCAUCGUCCAUGUAGGUUAGUUAGUACUAUGGUGCAAACGGAUUUAAAUGUAGAUGAAAAGUAUAAUGAUUCAAAUGAACAAAUAUUGAAUCGUUUCCAUCGUGACACUUUAAUGAAUAAGUUUCCUACUGAUUACAACAACACUAUUGGUAGUGAUAAAAUUGUGAAAUCUGCUUCAGCCACAUUGAACAAUCAGUAUCAAACUGUAAAUCCUAUUGAGAUACAAUUUCGUGAUCGAACUAGAAGUAAUUCAAGUUUACCGUUGACUUCAUUGGGUGACAAACAAUCCAUUGAUUUCUCCACGUCAUCUCAAGAUAACUCGAUUGGAGUAAUGAGCAAAAUGACAAAAAUUCAUAAAUAUUUUCGUGGCGCUAUGAGUGCAAUGAAAUCUGCUACAAAAAAUAAAAUUUUCAAUCCCGAUGAAGAGUCAUCUGAUGAAGAUGAAGAAAUUAUCGGAAAUCAAGGCAUUCGUCUAAGAUCAUCUAGACAAGCAAGAGGAAGACGAGAAUUUUUACAGAUCAAAUUGGUUCAAGAAAUGAAAAAUGAGCACACGGGUGCGAUAUGGGCUAUGCGUUUUUCACCAUGUGGUCGAUUGUUGGCUACUGCUGGAUAUGAUCGAAAUAUUCGAAUAUGGGUCCUACGACAAUGUUAUCGAUAUUUCAAAGAAAUGCAACGAAGUUCUACUCCACCACCCAGUAGUAGUUCAAAAUAUGGGUCAGUUGGUGGAUUUAUGCCAAAUGACUUCCACACUUCAAAUAAUACUACGUCAAAUGCAACUUUAGAUGAAGAGAAUCGUUUUGAUUCAUUAAGUUUAGCAUCAACUACAAUAUCAACAUCAGGUAAAACUGAUGUUAGUGAAGCGGAUGGAGCGUCUAGUAGCAGUUCUGCGCCAGGAUAUUCUACUGUACUCGGUCUAACUGAUGACUUCCCUUCACCAUUAUCCUCCUGUGGUAGUACAAAAAAUAGACCACCACCGACAACAACAACGGCAUUAUUGCCGACAAUUAAUGAUUUACAUCGAGAACGUAGGACUGUAUUUCGUUCAAAACCAUUAUUGGUUUUAAGAGGUCAUGAGGGUGUUGUUACUGAAUUGGCAUGGUCUAAAAAUUUAUUCCUUCUAGCUACUAGUAUGGAUCAUCAAGUGCGAUUAUGGCAUAUUAGUCGACGUGAAUGCCUGUGUGUAUUUAGCCAUAAUGAUACAGUGCCAACAAUUGUAUUUCAUCCAAAGGAUGAUCGUUAUUUUCUUUCGGGUAGUCUGGAUGGAAAACUUCGGCUAUGGAAUAUACCAGAUAAAAAAGUUCGUUUUUGGGUUGAAGUUCCUGUGCCUAGUGCCUUACCAGUUUCAACUAAUUCAUCGUCUGCAAAUACUGUCGCUAACUUUUUUACACGUUCUAAUCCAUAUACUGGUUCACAGUAUACAACAUCCUUACCGGGUCUUUCAUCAAAGGGAAGUGGUGGUGUUGGACCCAAAACAGUGAUCACUUGUGCAACAUUUGCUUGUGAAGGCACUAAAGUUGUUGUCGGCACAUAUGAUGGUCGUGUAUUAUUUUUUAAUAGUGAGCUAUCGUAUAUAACUUUUAUAACGAUCAAAUCUGGUGCUGCAAAAGGUCGUCACUGUCGUGUUACGGCUAUUGAAUGUGAUCCGUCUGAUUCUAAUAAGAUUUUAGUCACAUCAAAUGACUCACGUUUACGUUUAGUCGAUGCUCGUGACUAUCAUACAUUAUGUAAAUAUCGUGGGUUUCUAAAUGAAACUAGUCAAAUACGUGCAUCUUUCAGUCCAACUGGUCGUUAUCUAAUCUCAGGAUCCGAAAAUGCAUUCUUUUAUAUUUGGCAAAAAUCUUUAGAUGUUGACAAGAUAUCUCGAUUUUCACGUAUACGUAAAGAUAGAAAUAAUUGUUGGGAAGCGAUUAAAGCACAUGAUACAAUGGUUACAGUAGCUGUGUUCAGUCCAAAUCCAAAUUUAGUAUUGAAUAAAUCAUGUUCAACAAGAAAACCAUUGAAUCCAUUCACUAUUUCAAAUCAGUCUGAUUUGAGUAAUAGCAAUUGUGCUGGUGGUUAUAUUAAUGAUGGUAGCAGUAGUAUUCCUCGUCAUAGACUAUUAAAUCCAAAUCAAUCAUCAAUUACUACUACUGAUCUAAAUCGGGAAACAUUUAUAUACUUAGGUGAAGUAGUCGUUUCAGCUGAUUGUAAUGGUUGUAUUCGAGUGUUCAAAAAGUUUUCAACUGAAAUUACACAAUCCACAUGUAGUUAA